UGUUUCAGACGGGCAUGGUGGGCUAUCCUGAGGCUCUCACUGACCCCUCCUACCACUGCCAGCUGCUGACCCUCACCUACCCUCUGGUGGGAAACUAUGGCGUACCGAAGGACGAAGAGGGAGAGUUCGGACUGAGCAAGUGGUUCGAGUCGUCAAAGAUCCACGCUGCAGCUCUGAUUAUCGGGGAGCUGUCGGACAGUCCCAGUCACUGGAGUUCAGUCAAGUCUUUGGACCAGUGGCUGAAGGAGCAAGGCAUUCCUGGAAUACAAGGCAUUGACACCCGCCGCCUGACCAAAAAGAUCAGAGAGAAGGGCACCAUGUUGGGGAAGCUGGUUGUGGACGGGAUCCCUGAGGACAGUAUUCCCUUUGAUAAUCCAGACAAGAGGAACCUGGUUCAGGAGGUCUCCAUGAAG